AAAAAAAAAAUACAAUUACAGAUCGAAACAUAUACAGAAGCAAACAAAGACAUAGAUAGCAGGGUGAAUGUGAGGUAGCUCCUCUGUGACAGUUCUGAGCUUCCUCUUCAGUCACACCGAGGAACAACAGAAUUGAGGUUUUGCAACAUUUCUAUUCUAUGCUCCCUUUCCUUCAGCGCGAAACCAUUUUCAAGACAUCUUUAGUCGGAUUCCCUAUAGAUCAUCAAAGAAUCGAUUUUGCUCCCUAUUCAAGAUCACUGCAGUUCUAUACAUCUCCAAAGCCGGCCACCCCCUUUCUCUCAGACCGUCCAAGCCGUCAUUCCUCUUUCUUUCCAAGCCCAACCCUUCUACCGAAGCCACUGAGGGUUGAAUCGACGGUCAGCGCAGCGUUAGAGCAGAGAAGAUAGCGGCACAACUGAUUGGCGUCGAGAUUGAACAAGGAUUUGCCCCUUUCUCCAAGCCCUAACCCUAGCUCCCUCUCUCAUUCGAAGCCCUAAAUUCGAAGGACACGAAUUGAGGUUUGUAUUUUCAUCCCCUGUUAUUCCCGCUGAUAUUUUCAAUGCUUGCCCUGUCCAAUUUUAUAUAUAUAUAUAUAUAUAUAUAUAUAUAUAUAUAUAUAUUCAGUAGACAAAUCCACACACCCACACAGAAAAAAACCCACACACUGCUGGUCGGAUCGAAGAUGAAGAUCAGAUCUGGCCGGUUGGGAUCCGUCUUUGUUGAUCGAAGCUGAAAUCGGAGUUUCUUCUCCCGUCAUCUGGUCAUACAGAACGAAAAGCAAUGAGGCUCACCUUAAUGUAUGGGUGCCGGAGGCUUCCUUUCUGUGUUGAUGCGACCUACUAUUAUCGAUCUCAACUCUCGCUCCACACCGACCGAGAAGUUGAGUGGUUCUUUAGGUACAGCGGUUCGGAUAGAAGGCUUGUUUAUAGCUGGUUUCUUGAUUUCCAUAGAUAGAUCGUUUGUUCAUCACUCUUUCUCGAAGCCCUAACCUGUGAAAAUGUUUUUCCCUCUUUCCAUCAAGCCUCUUUCAGUUGGCUAUAGGAGCAAACCCUAACCCCUAAAGAAGAAACCCUAAGUCUGGAAUCCUCCAUUAGAGACGCGAAGGUGUGUUCGGCGAUAUGCAGACGACCGCUGCUGUUAGGUUUGUUUACAAUCUAUUUCUCUCUGUAUUUAUACACGUGGUAGAAAGACGCGAAGGUGGGUUUGCUUUGGCAAUUGCAGGAUUGGGAUUUCUUAGGAGGCCGCUUGCCAUUGUUGCUGCCGGAUUGACAGCUCUUACCAUAACUUUUCGAAACAGACAGUUUGUGCAGAUCCAGGGGCUGAAUAACGCAUGGUGUAAGACGCAUUUGUUAAAGCACUUUCAAUUGCAUGGCCUAUCAAGUAAAUCAAAAUUUGUAAACAGUUUAUACUUGUGUCAGGGAGUAUCAUCGACAAUUUAGGCUCGUAUUUAGGAGGAUUUCAACUUUAAUUAUUAUUCAACUUUGCAAGAAUUAGACGAUAAUCCAAACUUAUGCUGAAGGACACUUAUUAUCUCGUCGUCACUUUGAUGAUUUUCUUCUUGGUUUCUUUGACUUAAUGCCCUCUGUGAUUAGCACUUUCAGUUGAAGUCAUUGUUGUAUCAUAGUGCGUUUCUUGAUGUAAGUUUCUCGAGAUGAUGCUUAUAAUGAAAGAUGAUGCUACUUCGUCAUCCGAGUUAGGAAGUAUAUUGUCUUCUUCCUUCAGACUCACUUUCCUUAUCUUUUUGAAGGUUGUCAGGUAUAUCAGGAAUAUCUUCCCUAGUAUCAUGAUUUUCCAUGCUAAGCUCCAUGUCAUGGGCUCGAGUAACAAGCUCUUCACAUGUGCGAGGUUUAAUCCCUUGUAGGAUGUAAAAAAGAUCCCAACGCAUGCCUUGCAUACAUACUUCAACUGCAGAAAUUUCAGACAAACGAUCUUUGCAGUUAAGACUUAGAGCUCACCAACGGUUGAUGUAGUUAACCAUGGAUUUACCCUUCAUCUGUUUUGUGUUUGUAAGCUCCAGCAUACUUACAGUACGAUGAGUGCUGUAGAAACGGUUGAGAAAUUCUCUUUCCAUUUGCUCCCAACUGUCAAUACCUCUAGCUUUGAGGUUUGUGUACCAAUCAAAUGCAUGCCCUUCGAGGGAACAAACGAAUUGCUUGACAAGGAGAUCUCCGUUUGUACCAACAUUGCCGAAAGUUUCUACAAAGUGUGCGACAUGUUGCUUGAGAUUGUCUUUUCCGUCAAACUGUUGAAGCUUUGGAGGUUAAUACCCAACCGGCAUUUUUAAGAUGCUAAUUCUUUCUGUGUAAGCCUUUGAGUACAUGUGAGCACUUUGAGGAACGCCACUAUAUUGUUCUCUUAUUUAAUUCA